AUGGCGGCGGGCGCCGGGGCCAGGCCGGCGCCGCGCUGGGUGACGCUGGGCGAGCCGCUGAGCGCCGCGCAGCUGCGGCGGCUGGAGGAGCACCGCUACACCGCGGUGGGAGAGUCGCUGUUCGAGCCGCCGCUGCAGCUUUACUGGACCUGGCUGCUCCAGUGGAUCCCGCUCUGGAUGGCCCCCAACACCAUCACCCUCAUCGGCCUCGCCAUCAACCUGGUCACCACCCUAGUGCUCAUCUUUUACUGCCCUACGGUCACGGAGGAGGCACCAUACUGGACUUACUUUUUAUGUGCCCUGGGACUCUUUAUCUACCAGUCACUGGAUGCCAUUGAUGGGAAGCAAGCCAGAAGGACAAACUCUUGUUCUCCUUUAGGAGAACUGUUUGAUCAUGGCUGUGACUCUCUUUCCACAGUAUUUAUGGCCAUUGGAGCUGCGGUUGCUGUCCGCCUGGGAACACAUCCUGAUUUGUUGUUUUUCUGCUCCUUCAUCGGGAUGUUCAUGUUUUACUGUGCUCACUGGCAGACUUACGUCUCAGGGGUGCUGAGAUUUGGAAGAGUGGAUGUAACUGAGAUUCAGGUAGCUUUAGUGAUCAUCUUUAUAUUGUCUACAUUUGGAGGAGCAACAAUGUGGGACUAUACGAUACCUAUUCUAGAAAUAAAACUGAAGAUCUUUCCAGUUCUUGGAGUAGUAGGUGGAGCAAUAUUUUCCUGUUCAAAUUAUUUCCAUGUGAUCCUCCAUGGUGGUGUUGGCAAGAAUGGAUCUACUAUUGCAGGUACCAGUGUCUUGUCACCUGGACUCCACAUAGGAUUAAUCAUUAUAUUGGCAAUAAUGAUCUAUAAAAAGUCUGCAACAAAUGUGUUUGAAAAACACCCUUGCCUUUAUACUUUAAUGUUCGGAUGUGUCUUUGCUAAAGUUGCACAAAAAUUGGUGAUAGCUCACAUGACGAAAAGUGAACUCUAUCUUCAAGAUACUGUCUUUGUUGGUCCGGGCCUUUUGUUUUUAGACCAAUACUUUAAUAAUUUUGUAGAUGAAUAUGUUGUUCUAUGGAUAGCAAUGGUCAUUUCUUCAUUUGACAUGAUGAUAUACUUUAGUUCUUUGUGCCUGCAAAUUUCAAGACACCUUCAUCUAAAAAUCUUCAAGACUUCAUAUCAACAAGCACCUGAACAGGUUUACAAGCAUAUUGACUGACUAGUAGCCCAAGGAAAAAAGGAGGAGCAGUUAGGGGACCUAUGUGUGAAGGAAAUCCCCCUAUGCAGGAGGCUAGUAUAUUAUCUAUAAGGUUAUGUUUAAAUGUAAAACAUAAAUCUAGUAGUUUCCAUUAUGUCUGUCAGUAAUGAAUCCCUUUUGUCAUUAAGGUAUUUUAUCACUGACAUCAGUAUAAUAUAAUGUCUGUAUUAGAAAUAAGAACAAAAAAUAAAUUUGAAUACCAAGGACGGUAAGAAAUUGAACCCCAAUAAUUUAAAUAAGCACUGCGUCUACAAUAUACCUAUCAGACUUGGGGUUUUGACUGCCAAAGGAUUAAACAAAUAUUCAGAACUUAAAAAUAGUUCUAGCCUUCUUGGCAGUGACAUUUGAUUGAUGAAAGUUGAAAAGUGAGCUCAAAUACUAAGUAUAUAACAAUAAUACUAUAAUUGAGUCAAGUGAUACACUGAGAAAUAUUUUUAUAUAACAGCCAUUGUUUAAAAGAGGUAUGCUAAUUAUAGAAAGAUAUACUUGAGUCUACUAUCUAGAAUUUAAAACAGUGGUUAUGGGAAUUUUGUUCUAAUUUGUACUUAGUAAAAGGAAUCUGUUGUAUCAGUUUGGCAUAAUGUGAACCUUUGAGGGUAACCUUGUGCCUUAGUAGUCCAAGUAAAAAAAUUCACUUCCAUGAAAAAAAUGGACCUUAAGUCCCCAAAGGAAGACAAAAAGUAGCUAAAAUAAUUGACAGGAAAUUAGUAACUUAGAAAAAAACAAGUGUCAGUUAUUCAACACUAAACAUAUUAGGUACUACUGACUUUUUUCUAUUCUAGUUGAAAAAUGCUUUAAGAUUUUCUUUAUAAAAUACUAGAAUUAUCUUAAUACUCUUCAGACCUUAUGACCCAUAUGACCUUAUUUCUAAUUUCAUACAAAAGUUCCAUAGGCUAUAUGCCAUAUGAUGAAAUAAUCAAAUACACAUGUACUUUAAGUAUUCCAAGCAAGAAAAGGAGAUUUUUAAGUAUAUAUUUCUCAAAAGGUUAAAAAUAUGUGAAUACAGAGAAAACCCUCUGAAGUACUUACUUUGCCUCUUUACUGCCUGGUAAACUUCUGAAAGAUCUUAAAAGUUUGAAUGAUUCUUAAGGUUUAUAUUCCAUGUUGCAGACAUAGCUAAGUGAAAGAAUGAAUGCUUAGCAUGGGUGAGGCCCUGGCUUGAUCCACCAGCAACACCAUGUGCCCACCCCCCAAAAAAGUAUUUAUAAAGAAUUGAACUGUCCUUUUAAUGUCAAAGCUAAUGGUAGAAGGAUAAUUGUUAUAUAGACUGUUAUAUAGACUGUUUAAAAGGGUGGGUUAUGAACAAAAAGAGAUUGUUGCUUUCCUUCAAAUGGGAUGUUUUGUUGUUCUGAAUGAUUCAUUGAAGGCAGUUUCAGCAAAACUAGUAAGUUUAACUGACUUCAAAGAAAUGUUGAAGCAAUUCAACAUGUAUAAAAUUGAGUUUAAGUUUCUCUGUAUAAAUGCCUAUUUUAAAAGUUACAAAGUUGAAGUUUGGAAAUGAAUGCGAAAUCAAGCUUCAGUAUAUUUACUGAAUGUUACAAUGGAAAAGGCAACUAGGUAAUUCAUAUUUGAAAACAGAUAUGAAAUACUUAGACCAUAAAUAACUUUAGCUGUGUUUGUGGUAAUGCUCUUAAUCAUUACUAAGGGCAUGUGUCAUUUAAGUACAGACCAGCCCAAUUAAAUGGUAUCUUGUUGACCUUGAAAUAUUAUGAAAUAUUCAUAAAUAUAUGUAUUAAAACUAAUACUUAUAUUUUCAGGUGUAUUAAUGAUUUUAUAGCAUUUAUAAUUUAUUCCAAGACACACUAAAGUUCUUUUUAAUAAACUGUAUAGUAGAUUCGUUUUUUA